AGAAAUAUCCCAAGGAACAGUGAGCAGGAUGAGUACACCCCAGGACCAGAGUGGCUGCUCCGGUAACAGAGAACCCCUUCUGAGGUGUUGUGAUGCACGGAGGGAACUGGAGCUUGCCAUUGGUGGAGUUCUCCCCGCCCAACAGCAAAUUAAAGAUAACUCGUUAGAGGUCAAAGCUCAGAUUCACAGCUGCAUAAGCCGUCACCUGGAAUGCCUUCCAAGCCGUGAAAUGUCGUAUGAACAGGUAGAUCUCAUCUGUCAGCUUAAAGAGGAGACACUUCAGCAGCAAGCCCAACAGCUCUACUGGCUAUUGGGCCAGUUCAAUUGUCUUAUUCAUCAUCUGGAGCGCACCCAAAACAAAGAGCUAGCCAAGCAAGUCUCUGUGUGUCUGGAGAGACUGGGCAGUUUGACAGUCAAACCCGAAGAUUCCACUGUCCUGCUCUUUGACACAGAUACAACUGCUCUGCGCCAGACCAUCACCAUGUCUGGGUCCCUCAAGACCAUCCAAAUCCCUGAGCACCUGAUGACUCAUGCUGGUUCAUCAAAUAUCGGGCCCUUCCUGGAGAAAAGAGGUUAUAUCCCAGUGCCAGAACAGAAGUCAUCAUCCAGCACCACAGCUGUCCCCCUUGGCGAUUGGCUCCUCGGAAGCAAACCCACAAAUGGUCACCAGGCUCCUCACGUGCCCAGCACCAACCCCCCAGACUGGCUCUCCCCGCAGCAGACCUUGGAGAAUAGUCAAACUGCCCCCAGAGCCUGCAAUUUCAGUAAUGUCUGGGGCAACCUAAAGGGCUUGGAAAACUGGCUCAAGAGUCAGCAGCAAGAAGUUCCUGAAAAACCAAGUAACCAAAAGUGUAACAGCUAUUCUACUGCCAGUUCUUUCUCCACUGAAGUUGAAAACGUCAGCAACCUAGAGCUUCUUGAUGAAGAUGAGACGGACCUUUCUGAUUGGCUGGUGACUCCCCAGAAACCCUGUAAGCUGGAGAAGCUGGAGAGUGGUAGCUGUGAAACCAGUGAGAAGUUUAAGUUCUUGUUCCAGAUUUUCCAGGAGUCCUAUAGUGUGAGUGAUUGGCUUGUCAAGCCUGACUCCUGUUCCAAUUGUCAGGGCAACCAGCCCAAAGGUGUGGAGAUUGAAAACCUGGGCAAUCUGAAGUGCCUGAAUGACCACUUAGAGCCCAAGAAACUGCUAUCCACCCCCAGCAAGAUUACUGAGGAUUGGCUUGUCCAGACACAUCCAGAACCAUAUAAAGUAGAGGAGGUAUGCAAAGCCAAUGAGCCCUGCACAAAUUUUUCAGUAUGUGCGUGUGAUGAGAAUUGUCAGAAGGAAGCUCUGUGUAAGUGGCUUCUGAAGAAAGAAGGAAUGGAUAAAAAUGGGAUGCCAGUGGAUCCAAAACCUGAGCCUGAGAAGCUUAAAGAUUCCCUGAAUAUGCAGCUCUGUCCUUCCAGAAAAGAGGCAACAAAACAGGCUAAGGCACCAAAGGCAAUGGAACCUUUUAGAAUUGCUGAUUCUUUUCAAAUCAUAAGGAACAGUCCCUUGUCAGAAUGGCUCAUCAGAUCUUCUUGCAAAGAAGGAAGUCUCAAGGAAGUGCCUAGUACCCAGGACAGAGCUGCCCAGGAAUGGUAUUCCCAGGCAAACAAAUGUGUGAGCUCCACAGCUGCUUCCUGGUAUCCUUUUAAUACUGCUGACUGGGUCUUGCCAGGAAAGAAUACAGGAAAUUUCAGCCAGUUCUCCUCUGGAGAAGACAAGUGGCUACUUCAAAAGAAGGCCCAGGAAGUAUCUUCUUCCCUACAGGAGGAAUGUAAAUUUCCCCCAGAUUGUUAUGGCCUCCCAGCAGUUUGUGAUCUCUUUGCCUGUAUGCAGCUUAAAGUUGAUAAAGAAAAGUGGUUGUAUCGGACUCCACUACAGAUGUGAAGAAUGGAAUACUAAGAGUUGAGCAACUUUCCUACAGAUUAUUGCACAUCCAUGAGCUGAGUGGCUGCGGCUUGCCAAAUCAAUGUUUCUGGGUUUGACCAGCUUCCUUCCUU